AAAUGCAGUUCAAGUCUGUGGCAUCCAGAUGAAUGGAAGUUCUGUCAUGAUGUCGUUGAGUUUUCCCUUUAUUAUGACUUCUCGCAGAUGGAAAACUAUACGUACAACAGCCUCAUUCUUCAGCUCGAGGGGUUAAGGAUCACCAAGACUAACAAGCAUCCUGUCUUCUUAUUUCUGCUCUUGGCCUAUGUAUUCAUCUUAAUUGCCAAUGUGGGCAUUGUGUUUUUGAUAUGGACAGAGAGAAGCCUCCACCAGCCGAUGUAUCUGCUCUUCUGUAACCUGUCGGUUAAUGAUGUCAUGGGAAACUCUCUCCUGGUUCCUCGGGUGCUGGCAGACAUCCAUGUACCUUCCUCUGAGCGCUUCAUCCAUUAUUAUGAGUGUGUGAUGCAAGCUUUCACCACACACAUGUAUGGCACUAAUGCACACACUGUGCUCAUGAUUAUGGCCUUUGACAGAUAUAUUGCCAUCUGUAAUCCACUGCAGUAUGCUACCAUAAUGACCGGCAAAAUGGUGAUCAAGCUGACGGUUUCUGCCUGGGGAGUGGCCUUUGUUUUGGUCGGGAUUUUGCUCGGUCUGACCAUACGGCUGAACCGAUGCAGGACUCUGAUCAUGAAUCCUUAUUGUGACAAUCCCUCCCUGUUUAAACUCUCCUGUGAUAGUGUGUUCAUCAAUAACAUCUAUGGCCUCGCUUUCACUGUCGUCCUGCUCUCAUCCUCUAUAGGCAGUAUAAUUCUUACGUAUUCUAAAAUCACGGCAGCGUGUCUAACUAAUAAGAGCAAGUCUUUGAACAGUAAAGCCUUGAAGACCUGCAGCACUCAUCUGUGCUUGUAUCUGCUCAUGCUUCUCAGUGGGAUGAUUCCCAUCAUUCUUCAUCGCUUCCUGCAGUACACAGAGUACAGGAAGAUUUCAGCACUUCUCUUUCACAUUGUUCCCGGCAUCCUCAACCCCAUCAUCUAUGGGCUGCAGUCCCAAGAAAUACAUAAGUGUUUGUCAAAUAUUUUACAGCUCAGAAAAAUUAAGCCGUCAUUUUAGUUUGUAAUUCUGAAAAGUAAUUUUAUGGAAAAACUGGGACCUCCCUUCUAA